AUGGCCAUCUCAUGGAAGUCGUUUGACUUCUUCGACGUCGUCCAAAUAAACAUCGCCGACGAUGAAGCCCGACAGCUCUUCGAGGGCAACGAGAUCUCGAGCGUUUGCGCAGGCUCCGAUAGUCUCUUCCUUGGAUCGUUCGAUGGAUAUGUUAGCAUAAUAAACAAGUCAUGGAAGAUUGUCAAGCGCUUCCAGGCUUACGAGGCUGGGAGCAUCACGCAUAUGCGCCAGGUCGAAGGAACAAGUCUCUUGUUGACAGUUGCGGAGGACAUGAGCAGUGAGCCUGUUCUGAAGGUGUGGGCUCUCGACAAGCUUGUUAAGAAGACCAACACACCGACAUGUCUGAGCACGGUCAUGAUCAACAAUAACCGACGGCAAUUUCCCAUAUCUGCGUUUACGGCUACUGACGAUCUUACACAAAUAGCUGUGGGAUUCACUAACGGCGCUGUUACCGUAAUUCGAGGUGAAUUGGUCCACGAUCUCGGUACGAAGCAACGAAUCGUUUUCGAAUCAGAAGAGCCUAUCACCGGUGUUGAACUCGCAUGGGAUGCGGCACAGAAGCUCACCACUCUGUUUGUUUCCACGACUUCACGAAUAUUGAAGCUCGGUUUAUCCAAAAAGGGCCAUGGAUUACCGCCCAAGACCAUCGAAGAUGCCGGAUGCGCAGUGGGCUGCAUGACGCGUGAUCCAAAUACAGACGGUGUUAUUGUUGCGCGUGAUGAUGCUAUCUACACAUACACAUUGGAUGGUCGAGGGCCACCCAAGGCGUACGAAUCGCCAAAGAGCAAGAUUGAUGUUUACAAUGAAUACGUUGCGCUUGCGUGCCCGCCAGCGAGCAGCACUGCAAAGGAUUCUGAGGCAAUGAGGCGACGCUUUGGUAAUACUACUACUAAUUCUCUAUUCAAUGCGUCUUCUUUUGUGCUGUUGGAUAUGGAUCUUCGAGUUAUCGGUCAUACAGAGACGUUGAUGUCACCUGUGGGACACUUUGUUGACAUCUGGGGUGAUUUCUUCACAGUUCUCCAAGAUGGCAAGGUUUACCGGUAUCAUGAGAAAAGCCUGCAGCAAAGACUGGAAAUGCUGUAUCAGAGGAACAUGUUUCCUCUGGCUAUCGAGCUGGCGCAAAAGUCUGGAAUGGAUAAUGAGCAGCAAAGCAUUAUUUACCGUCGAUUUGGCGAUCAUUUAUACCAGAAGGCCGACUAUGACGGCGCCAUGGUUCAGUAUAUUCGAGCCAUUGAUACGACCGAGCCAUCACAGGUCAUUCGCAAAUACCUUGAUACGCAACGCAUUCACAACCUAAUUCAAUAUCUGGAACAACUCCAUGAACAUCGAAAAGCGACUGCGGACCACACCACCCUUCUCCUCAACUGUUAUGCAAAGCUUAAAGACAUCAACAAGCUUGAAAAGUUCAUCAAGUCUCCCGGCGACCUCAAAUUUGAUCUUGAUACGGCAAUUGCUAUGUGUCGCCAAGGCGGGUACUACGAGCAGGCUGCAUAUCUUGCCAAGAAGCACGGCGAGACUGAUCUUGUGGUGGAUAUCUUGAUAGAGGACUCCAAGAACUAUGUCGAAGCGCUCGACUAUGUUUGGCGUCAAGACCCUGAUAUCAAAUACGCCCGAGUACUUAUAGAGAAUUGUCCUCAAGAUGCUACCAAGUUAUUUGUGGACUACUAUACAGGAAAUUACCGACCUCGGCGCACUUUGACGGUGCCGAACGAGAUUGAUACGCCCGCCAGUGGCGGCUUUGCAGCUGGGGCGGCCAGCGCUGUUCAGAAUUUGUCCAAUCUGCUGCCCUUACCUUACAUGAAUACAUCUUCCGUCGCAUCUCCUGGCACAGUCGGAAACACAAGGGCUGUGGUUAGCGAUGGGAACAUUAUCGUGGAUAACGACGAUAUACCUGCACCAAAGUACACCCCUCCUCAACCAAGAACCGCAUUCUCAUCAUUCAUCGACCACCCUGACGAGUUUAUCGUCUUCCUCGAAGCAUGUCUCGAAGAAAAGGAGCUCAAGUCGAGUGACCGAACAGAUCUUUACACUACCCUCUUUGAGAUGUACUUGUACAAGGCAAGCGAGAAGAAGGGACAGGAUCACAAGGAGGAAUGGGAGGCCAAGGCGAAGAAGCUCAUCCAGGGCGAUCAUGUGCCUAUGGAAAGCUCGAAUGUUCUACUCCUCUCGCAUCUUGCGGAUUUCCAAGAUGGAACCAUCCUUGUCAAGGAACAGGCAGGACUGCGUUUCGACAUUUUCAGGUCUUACACAUCAGCUAAGGACACACGAGGCGCCAUGAAGGCCCUCAGAAAGUACGGCCCCGAGGAGCCACAGUUGUAUCCAGCUGCGCUGGCAUAUCUCACUUCUGACCAAAGGGUAAUGGAGGAAGCCGGACCUGAUGAGUUGGCCAACGUGCUAAACAAGAUCGACAAAGAUGGACUCAUGGCUCCUUUGCAGGUCAUCCAAACACUAGUUGGUCAAUCUUCAGGCGGUGGCGUAGCUACCAUGGGCAUGAUCAAACCAUACCUUCACGAGACAAUCACAAGAGAGCGCAAAGAAAUUGCUACCAACCGCAACCGCAUCAACAAUCUUCGCGGCGAUACAGAAAAGCGCCGCGUGGAGCUUGCAGACCUAGGCUCCAAACCCGCCGUUUUCCAAGCAACAUGGUGCUCAGAUUGCAGCCAGCGCCUUGACCUACCAGCCGUUCACUUCCUCUGCAAGCACAGCUUCCACCAACGCUGCGUUCGAAAUGGCGGCAACGACGGCGAUUCGGAGUGUCCCAAGUGUGCACCUGAAAACGACAUGAUCCGCAAGAUGCGCGAAGGACAGAAGGAGCGGGCUGGCAAGCAUGAUCUAUUCAAGAUGGAUCUGGAGAACAGCGAAGAUCGGUUUAGUACGCUGGCGGAGUGGUUUUCUGGUGGUGUCAUGGAUGGGCAGAGUGCGGAGUGA